CGCUAUGCCGCCGAGAUUAGAGUUCGCGCUUGCAAGUUAGUCAGAUAACGGCCGCCUAUCAUAAUAAUAUCAUACUUCAAAACUUUAGACAUAAAUGGUAGAAAUGCUUUGAUUUAGAAUCUUUUCUCUCGGCGUUUGGAAAUGUCUUUUGUCGGAUUUUUCAUUCUGCUGAUACCUGUUCAGAUAGUACUGAGUGCCGAUCCAACAGUAUAUCUCAAACAGACAUUUCCAUACACCACUAAAGUUGAUGGAUACCCGACCCUGGUCGUGGAGAAAGACAAAGAUGCAUACCUAGCAUGCGUUGUUGAUAAGAAACCGAAGGGAAUGCCGGUACAAUGGAUGGUUCAAAAUUACAAGACCAACACGACUAUUCCAAUAUCAACUGACACAGACACGAAAAACUCGUUCAAAUAUCAACUUGACAAGCCAGCUACUAAUAACUGGAGAUUAAAGAUACAGAAUGUUCAGCCUUCAGACGAAGCACUGUAUAUAUGUCGAGUUCAACUUCAUGGACGCUUCCAAAUGGACAACAUAAGUAGAAUGGUCAAAGUUAUACAAAAGCCACAGAUUAUCGAUAUAUAUACAACUUCGGACACUACAAGAGAGGAAGGACAGAGGAUGGAAUUUAAGUGUGCAGCUAGUGGUAUCCCAAAACCACUUAUAAAAUGGGAGCUUGCUGGUGGUGGUAUACUUCCCACAGGAGGCCGAGAAUAUGUGGCGCCAAGUUUGUCAAUUGACAGCGUAAACAGAAACCACAAAGGUCAUUAUAAGUGUGUGGCUGAAAAUAUAGCGGGUAGAGACGUCAGACGGAUAGCCCUCAAUGUAGAAUUUGCCCCUAAGCUGGUAGCUAAAGAACCGGAUGUGUAUCAGGCAGUCGGGUAUAGCCGGGAGAUUAAAUGUGAGGUGUCGGGCAAUCCACCACCGACAGCGAAACAAAUUAUGUGGAAUAAAGAUGGAGUCCCAUUGGAUAAUAAAGAUAAGUAUACAUUCGAGACUUAUUUUGGUUCUAACUACGUGCUGAUGAAACUGAUCAUCCACGACAUAGACAGCAGUGACUAUGGCAGAUACAGAUGUUACGCUGAAAAUUCGGAGGGAAAUGGAGAGAACUUUGUUACUCUGAGUGAAUCAGAAGACUUCGUCAGUGAUCGACCAAGUUCAACGGGUAGUUCUUCCUUUCUCGCAUUUAGCAUUACAACCAUUGUCAUGCUUCUGUCGACGUUCAUUCUUCAUUUCUGCUAGCGAAGUGUACUUCCGUGUUCAACAUUUGAGUUUGUUGUAUCCAACAUUUCUUUCAUAUAAAAACAAGUUUUGACUUAUAUAUUGACGGUUCUUAUUCUUACGAAAUCAUGAUAAUCGCUUGAUUCUAGUGUGUUUGAGGAAAAGGAAAGAAAUUAUUUGGGAUCAUUUGAUAUAUUGAUGUGUAUGAAAUGAAAUAAUCCCUAGUGCAGGAAUAAUAGCUAAUGAAAUUAUGUUGUUAUCAUCAUUUACAUACUGUUUAAGUCUUCUUCACUCCACGUGGAGCAUAGGGAUGACACCAUGGCUCUCCAUUGGGUAUAUAUAUAGUUGAUUCCUGUGGUAUCGCAGGUUUCACGAUAUGUACAAAUCGUACACCACUGAAAUAGUAAUGACGUCGGGUUAGUAUUAGCCAAUUACAGUCUGAAUACAAUUAAUAACAUUUUCAACAUUUCUUGUAAAUUUAUGUGUUUGAAGAGAAAUGAUCCAAAAUCAUUAUUUUCUUUGAAGGCGCUACCGCCUGUUCAAUAAAAAGCCCGUAAUCUAAUGGAAAGGUAGCAAAACAAUACAAACGAUAUCGGUACAUUAACAUGUGUCAUUAUUCGCUAUAUAUGCUUUGAUUUACAUA